CUUUAUAUAGCUCUCUGCGUCUCUUCCUCCGUUGCGUCCAAACCAAAGAUCCCUUCUUCUCUUUAACACUCUCUCUGAUCUCUCUCUAAAAAAUUACCCAAAAAUAUUAGGAAAUAAAAGAACAAACGAAGAAAAAGAACAAACAAGCUCUCUCUCUCUCUCUCUUUCUUUCUCUCUGUCACCCUAGAAAGUAAAAAAAAAAAAUGGAGGCGGAGGCAAUCCCACCAGUUGUAGCCAAAAAACUAUGGAACAUUGUACGGGUAGUUUUCUUCACGUUAAAGACAGGGAUAUUAAAGAGCAAAAUAAUGGUUGAUCUCCAUUUUAUGAUCAAGAAAGGUAAAUAUAACGCAGGCAAAGCAAUAAGCAACCUCGUGUUCCACCAAAAAGUCCAGGACCAUUUAUCUGCCUUGAGUUGCCGAUCCAACGAUGCUCAUCUCUCCUUCAUUUCCCCAAGAGAGUACGAGUUCAGUUGCAGGAACAGCCCAGCUUUUUACCCUUUUUAUUCUCACAAGCGUAAGCACCGUAAUCACCAUUUCUACAACAACCACCACCGUUUUGGCAAGUCAGCCCAUUAUCACUAUGAUGAUGUGACGACGGUUGCGGCGGUACAAAAGGUUCUCGAGAUGUUGAACAAUGAGGCGGCCGUGGAGGCGUCUCCCAUGGUUUUUCCAGGGUUUGGAAGAAGCCCUAUGGUGAGGCAACUGAGAGUGACGGACUCGCCUUUCCCUUUGAAGGAGGAGGGAGAUAGCCAGGUGGAUAAGGCGGCUGAGGAGUUCAUAAACAAGUUUUACAAGGACCUUAAGUUACAGAAAAGAAUGUCCGCCUUUGAGUCUCCAGCUCAUAACACAUGGGGUCGAUGAUGAUGACGACUUCGUUUCUGAUGGUUCAAAAGGGCGACGUAUAUCUUGUUUCUACACUUCCUAUUCUUCCUCGUGAGAAGAUUAUCACAGAAAAACUAAGCUAAACCAAGUCACUUGAUUUGCAUAUAUCAUAACCAUAUGCUUUCCAUUUUGCAUUUCAUGUGAGAAUUUUUGAUCCGACAAAGCUUGGUUAUUACUUGUUUGUUAGUUGUUACACUGUACUUUGCCUUUUUCUUUUUACAAUUAAGAAAUCAUUUCAGAUAUUAAUAAUUGUAACUCUUUUGGGUUUCAGUGUUUUUUCUUUUUCCUUUUUCAUUUACCAAUGUCAAUAAUCUUUGACCAUACAAAAAUAAAAAGAGAAAAAAAAUUA